AUGGGACAUAGCCAUGCUCUGGCCUACCAUCAAAAUCCAGGAUUCUCUAUUAUUGGGCUGGUGGAUCGUGGUCAAAUAACCAUUCCCGAGGAGCUGAAAGAAUAUCCCCUGCUACCUGACUUUCAGACUGCUAUGGAACUCAGACCAGACGUUGUUUCAAUAAACAGCCACACCGACUCUCACGCAGACUAUGCUGUGGCGGCAAUGGAAGCUGGUUCCCACGUGUUUGUCGAGAAACCGCUUGCUCCCACAGUCGCAGAUGCAGAAAGAGUCGUGGCGACUGCACGUCGAACCCGGAAGAAACUUGUCAUUGGGUAUAUCCUGCGACACCAUCCGAGUUGGAUAGAAUUCAUCAAGCAGGCACGCUACCUCGGGCCACCGUAUGUUAUGCGAAUGAAUCUCAACCAGCGCUCGACGGGCAAUGCUUGGGUCAUUCACAAGCGACUUAUGCAGAGUGUAAGUCCUGUUGUUGACUGUGGUGUACAUUAUAUCGAUGUGAUGCUGCAAAUCACCGACAGUCGUCCAGUGCAAGUGCGUGGCAUGGGUGUUCGAUUGUCGGACGAGAUCGAUCCGAAUCAGGUCAAUUAUGGCCAUCUUCAGGUGACUUUCGAAGACGGCUCAGUAGGCUGGUACGAAGCAGGUUGGGGACCCAUGAUUUCCGAAACCGCAUAUUUCGUCAAGGAUGUUUUUGGACCACGAGGCUCGGUUUCCAUCGUUAUGGACGAGGGUCUAGGAUCUUCAGACAUCAAUAGUCAUACGAGGACUUCUCGGAUCCGAGUGAACCACGUUUCUGAUGGAAAUGACAAGAUGUUGUCCAUGGCUGGUGAGCCUGAUCAUUAUGGACUUUGCGCUCGGGAGCAGGAUUUCCUGCUUAAAGCAAUUCGGGAAGAUCAUGACUUAACCCAGCACAUGAAUGAUGCUAUCCGCUCUCUUGCUGUGGUGCUUGCAGCAGACCGAUCGAUGCGCGAAAAACGUGCCAUUGAUCUUGAUCUGUGA